UCUGUGUGUGUGUGAGAGAGAGGGAGACAGGGAGGAGGGCUAAGUAUGUAUGUGACAGAGAGGAUGAAAAUGAGAUGGGGACAGAGAAGAGGGCUGUGUGUGUAAAAGAGAGGGAGAAAAAGAGGGAAAUAUAAGAGAGCUGUGUUUGAUAGAGGGAAGGAGAAAAAAAGAGAUUGAGGGAGGGCUGUUUUGAGGAUGUGCUUGAAAACGGAGGAGGGAGGAGGCAAAGGAGAGAACUGAGCUGAGAAAAAUCUGUCUGAUCCGCACACUGGUCUCUGCGAUAGAGGAGAGAGGGAGGAGGAGAAGAGAGGCGGAAGAGAAGAGAGGAUAGGAAGAAGAAGCGAGAGAACACAGGACUGCACAGGGAGACAGAUUCAUAUUGGAGACCUGGAGGAUCUAUUGACAGGGUUAGAGGUCAGGGACUAGGCAGACAUGAUGACAUCACAUGGAAAGCUGAGGAUGCAGAGAGGGAGUCUAUAUGAGUAUGACUCCCAGAUCAAAGACCUGCGGGCCCAGCUGUGUGACCAAAUGAAGGUUCUGGACGGUCAGGUGGAGGUCAAAGGUCAACAGCUGUCUGACCUGUCCGAGUUCUUCCGUCGUCGUGGUGACAUUGAGGCGGAGUAUGCCCGUGCCCUCGACAAACUUACAGAGAGGUUCACCCUAAAGACCAAGAGGAAGGAGCAGAGUGGUCAAUCAGUGUCUCAGUGUUGGUCAGUUUUGUUGACUCAGACACGUGCAGAGAGCAGAGAACAUGCAGCGCUGAGUGACUCCUGCUCACACACACUCACACAGCGACUCACACACUGCUCAGAGGACACACACCGCCUGGCAAAACGGAGUAAGGAGGUGGGAGUUCAGAUGCAAGAUGAGCUACUGAAGGUCACCACUGAACUGCAGACGGCUCUGAGGACAUACCACCAGUACCAUACAGAGAGUCUGACAGCGGAGGGGAAACUAAAGGAAGCCACACGAUUGGAGGAGAGACAGACAGGGAAGUCAGCUGAACUGGGGAUAACCCAAUCAGGAGGCCAGCGGCGGAGCUCUGUGAAGAAGAUGGAGAAAAUGAUGGAAAAGAGACAUGGCAGAGUGCAGGAGACCCAGCUGAAGUGCACUAAGGCUCGUAAUGACUAUCUGCUGAAUCUGGCAGCUGCCAACGCAACUAUGAACAAGUACUAUCUACAGGAUCUCAGCACACUCAUAGACUGUACUGACCUGGGGUUCCAUCUCUCCUUGGAGCGAGUGAUGAGGUCCUACCUAGCCAGCAGGGGGCGUGUUCUGAAGGCUGAGGAGGCUGGGCUGAAGCAGCUGGAACAGGAAGUGACAUCACUGGAUCAGGGCGGAGACAGAGACGCUCUCCUACAGAACCACGACACAGCAUUCUGUCUGCCCUUCCGCUUCAGUUACCAUCCUCAUGAGGGAGACCAGGUGGGCGAGGUGAGUGCGGAGAGCCAGGUGAGGUAUGAGUUAGAGACCAGGUUCCAACAGCUCCAGUCCCGCCUCUCCACCGAAACCUUGGAAACAGAGGAGGUCAGUAAGACACUGAAAGCUACCCUCUCCGCGCUAUUGGACAAUAUGUGUGACAGUGACAGUAACCCCCCCCCUGACCUGCCCAUCAGCCUAUCACACGACCCCAUGGGAACGGCCUCUGCCUCCAAGCUAGCCCUUGCCAAGCGGAGAGCCAAUCAGCAGGAAACAGAGACAUUCUACUUUAUGAAAGUUAAGGAGUAUCUGAUUGGAAGCUCCCUGAUCUCCAAACUACAGGCUAAACAUGACCUGCUGCAGGAGGCCAUACAGAAAGCUAAGGCCGUUGAUAGCGACCCCUCCAGAAGAAGGAGGAGAAUGUCUAGGACACAGUUCAGGCAGCAGAUUCCUGUGGUGGUUGAAAGCUGCAUUCGCUUCAUAAAUCUUCACGGUCUGCACCAUGAGGGGAUAUUCCGUGUUCCAGGGUCCCAGAGAGAGGUCAACCACAUCAGGGACGCUUUUGAGCGAGGAGAGGACCCUCUAGCAGACAGUGACUGUGACAUUGAUUCGGUGGCUGGUGUGUUGAAGCUGUACUUCAGAGGACUGGACCCGCCGUUGUUCCCUGAUGAAUACUACACAGAACUAUUGGACUGUGUCCAAAACGAGGGAUUGGCAGAGAAAGCAGCUCAGAUAAAGUCAGUUGUCUCCUCCUUCCCUCGACCUCUCCUUAUCGUCAUACGUUACCUCUUCGCUUUUCUCAACCAUGUGUCCCAGUACAGCGAUGAGAACAUGAUGCAGCCCUAUAACCUGGCUGUGUGUUUCGGGCCGAGCCUCCUGAGAGGGUCGGAUUCUGGUGAUGUUGUCGCUAGGCAACCACAGGUCAAUGACCUCGUCAAGACCAUGAUCCUCCAGUAUGAUGUCAUCUUCCCGUGCCAAUCAGAGCUGCCCGGGCCCGUGUACGAGAAGCACAUGACUCUGGAGCAGGAGUACUGUGAACCAAUCACAGAGGAGGGAGAUGGGGAGACUGAACAAUUCCACAUUGAGGAUGAGUGGGAGGCGGUGGCCAUGUUUGAUUACACCGCGCGGUCUGCUACUGAACUAUCCUUUAAGCAGGGGGAUCCACUCCUUCUGCACAGCAAGGCCUCUUCUGAUUGGUGGAGAGGGGAAGCGGGAGGAGUUAGGGGUCUCAUACCGCAUAAAUACAUCAGUGUGUUGGAAGGAGCGGAGCGAGGGAGGAGGGAUGAGGUCAGUGGAGGAAGCACUGGAAACCUGGCUUCAGAAGAGCUUCAGACUGAGAACACGACCCGGCUGCGGGUGAACAGUGACAGUGCUUCGUUGCCUGGACGGCAGAGGGCAGCGGAGGGCAGAGGCAGUCCCGUCCGAAAGAACCCCCUCUCCCCUGUGACACGUCAAAACACAGGGAAUCAGGAGCGUAGGCACACCUUGGACAGUGUGAGGCAGAGGGCAGGAGCCAUAGAGAGACAGACAGAUGGAGGAUCUAUUGAAAGACCGGACAUCAGUAAACAGAUGAACUCUGUAUUCAAGGAGCUUCUCUCUCGCCAGCCGUCCCUACAUCCUGCUGCAACCCAGGCACCUCCCUCCUCUUCUUCCUCCACCUCCUCCCUCCCUUCCUCCUCCUCUUCCUCUUCAUCCCUCUCCUCCUCUCUCCCAGGAGGCAGGAAGGUGGGGUUCAGCCUCAGGGGGCGGGCUCUCUUCAGACCAGCGGACCAAUAGGAGGACUGAAGCAGAAUUAUGAUAAUGAUAAUAAUGAUGAUUUAUUUUUCUGACACGUUUGUGUGUGAUAUGAUAUUAGUGUGUGAUGAUGUUUGUGUGUGAUAUUGCUAGUCUUUUACACCUGUCUCAGUGCUGUCUAUCGUUCUCUAUUAGAACAAGGAUGGGUUUGGUUUCCAAUAACUCAGGGCUGGGGUAACUUACCUAUUUCUGUGGUAAAUUGUUUUUAAACUUGAUAAACACUCAUUUAAACCACUUAGUAAGAGUAUAACAACUUACUUCUUAAUUAUAAUACUGGAAACUGGGUCCAAUAGCAUAUCCAAGAUGGCCUCCACACCAGAUCCUGGGAUGCUGGUUAAACUGUGAAAAUGAUUCUUUCCACCACUCUAGUAAUUCUAACUCUAUGGUCUGAGGGGCUUUGUUCACUCUAGUCAUUAUAUUUCUAUGGAUGCAACCCUCCUCCCUCUUCCCUGGACCACUGUUGAUGAUGUCACUGGAAUAGCUGUAUUAAAAUACUUCUGUGGUAAAAGGAAUAAAUAAUAAAUAUUAGAUUCUGA